AUGGUCCUUUGGCGUAGGCAGACUGGCAGAUGGCUCGUGCCUGCAAACCAGCAGAGGUCCUUCUACGAGGAGCUCCGCGCUCGAAAUGACGACGAAAUCGACGUCGAAGAUCGUGCUGGCCUCAUGCUGGACGAAGAGAACCUGAACCAUCACUUUCAAGACGACGAGAUCGAUCCCGAGACUCUAGCCAUCGAGAGCAGCAGGAAUACACUGGCCGCCGACGCCCGCAAGCGCAAGCCCAGCUCUGGACGAGGCCAGAGGGCUCCAGCGUGGCCGCCACACGAUGAUGAUGAUGGAGACAACGACGUACCGGCCUCGUUGCUGGUUGAACAUCAUGACGCAGAACCUCUGAAAAAACCUGAUAAGAGCCGUAGAAGACCAGCACCCCAAAAUCCGACGGUCGUGCCUGGUCCGUCAACUAGGAGAAACCGUGCCCAAUGGGAGGCGACCAGGAACCAGCAAAGACUACAUAAUGAUGAUACACUCGAUGGGAGUCUUGCGCGUGGUCGCGGUGAGCCAAGAGCGCUGGUCAACACGUUGAUGGGGACAGCUAGGCAGAAGGCCGAGUGGAGGUGGGCUAAUGUCGACAACCUCGACAGCUUCAUGCAGGAUGUCUAUGACUAUUACCGUGGAAAUGGCUUCUGGUGCAUAUUGCUCGACCGUAUCCUUCAUCUCGUCGAGAUAGGAUUCAUCGCUGUCUUCCUCACCUUCCUGACCCAGUGUGUCAACUACGCCCAGAUUCCCGCCAGCAAGACCAUGAAACAGAUCCUGGUGCCCAGGUGCACUGGGGAAAUGUCGGGGACAUGGAACUUCGCAUUGUGGGUCACGGCAUUCUACUGGGUCUGGAAGGCAUUUCAGAUUCCCCUUGACCUGCGACGCUUGUCCAUCAUGAGAGACUUCUUCGUGCACCUUCUCGACAUACCGGAACACGAUAUGCAGACCGUGUCUUGGCAGGAUGUGGUUGCACGUAUCAUGGAGUUGAGGGACAGCAAUCCCAAGACGGCGGACCGCCAGAAACCGGGACAGCGCAAGUGGCUCGGUAGCCAGUCUAAGGAGAGGCUCGAUGCCCAUGAUAUAGCCAACCGCCUGAUGCGGAGGGAAAACUUCCUCAUCGCCUUGAUCAACAAAGACAUCUUGGAUCUCUCCAUCCCCUUACCUUUUCUGAGUGGUCGUCAAUUCCUCUCCCGCCUUCUCGAGUGGACCUUGAACUUCAGCAUUAUGGACUUUGUCUUUGAUGAGCGCGGCCAGGUUAACCAAGAGUUCCUCAAGGCGGAUCGCCGAGGCCAGCUCAGUCAGAAACUGAAAGCGAGAUUCCUCUUCGCCGGAAUCAUGACACUAAUGAUUGCACCAUUCAUGGCGGGCUACCUGUUCAUUAUGCAUUUCUUGACUUACUUUCACGAAUAUCACAAGAAUCCAUCCUCCCUCGGGACUCGUGCCUACACGCCCCUUGCCGAGUGGAAAUUCAGAGAAUUCAACGAGCUCCCACACAUCUUCUACGAGCGCGUGAAUAUGUCCUACCCGUUCGCUAAACGGUACCUCGACCAGUUUCCCAGCGUUGUGACGGAACGCCUGGCAAGGACAGUUGCAUUCGUUGCCGGCGCCCUAGCCACGGUCCUGGCCAUCGCCACAAUGGUCGAUCCCGACCUCUUUUUGGGGUUUGAGAUCACUCAUGAUCGCACCGCGCUCUUCUACCUCACCGCGUUUGCAGGUGUCUGGGCAUUUGCCAGAGGCAUGAUACCAGAGGACAACACUGUUUUCAACCCUGAAUAUGUCCUGCGCCAAGUCAUCGAGUACACGCACUACGAACCAGAACACUGGAAGGGACGGCUUCAUAGCUACGAGGUGAAGACGGAGUUCUCGGGGCUUUACAAGAACAAGGUCAUCAUCUUCAUGGAGGAGAUUGUGAGCAUCCUGAUUGCGCCGUUGAUUCUUAUCGUCAGCCUGCCGCGAUCGAGCGACCAGAUUGUCGACUUCUUCAGGGAAUUCACCAUCCAUGUGGAUGGCUUGGGAUAUGUGUGCUCCUUUGCGGUUUUCGAUUUUAAAAAGGUACCCAAACAGCCCAGUACAGGCGGCGACGUGAGAGGUGAUUAUUAUUCAACAAAACAUGGCAAAAUGGCGGCGUCCUUCUACGGGUUCCUCGACAACUACGUGAUCAACCCCAAGACGGGCAUCCCAGGCCACCUACCACCAAAUGCACGACAUCAGUUCCAGCCACCCCCUGCGUUUCCGGGCCUGCAAUCACCAACGUUGGGGGCUGACAUGACAACAUCGCGCAUGGGCCACAGCCAAAUGGGCAGGCCCAGGAGUCGUGCCCCUGGUGGCUCGUCACAGGUAGGGAGAACGCCCAAUUUUGGUCCAGUGCCGCCGUCCCUCUCACCCAUGGCGUCUAUCCUGCUCGAUCCGCACCACCAGCCGCAGGUGCAAGCACUCGGAAAGAGUGUGCAACGAAUGCGGCACGGCAGGAAGGCGAGCGGUGGACACGGAGAAGGGAUCCUUGAGGAGGCUUUAGAAGAUGGGAACGAGAACUUCGAGACAACACAAAAUGAAGACGACGACGUGUACGAGAGCGGACAUGGGCUGGACCAGUCAGAAUGGCAGACAGCAGCACCAGCGCACGCGCUUGGUCGAGACAACAGUGGAGUGAAUGAGGGCGAAGAAGAGGUAGGCGUGCUGGGGCUGAUGUAUCAGUUCCAACGAGAGAUGAAGCAUCGCUGA